AUGGCCUCAAAGGUGAUAAUCUUACUUUCCUUGUAUGUCUCUAUCACUUUUUUAGGCUCUUCUGCGCUGGCCGGAAUCAGUUCUCCACCGGUUACUGGUUCUACCCCGGCAAUACUUACCUGGAAUGAUUUUUCUAGCGGUGGUGGUAGUGGAGCUUGCGAAUGUGACGGAAGAUUUCAUAGUAAUGGCGAAAUGAUCGUUGCCCUUUCCACCGGUUGGUAUGCCGGAGGCUCGAGGUGUGGCCAUAGGAUUCAGAUUAGGGCUCAGAAUGGUAAGAGAGCAUUUGCAAAGGUGGUAGAUGAAUGUGACAGUAACCAUGGUUGUGAUGACAACAUUGUUGAUGGGUCUGAUGCUGUUUGGAGAGCUUUAGGGCUUGAUGAAAACUUGGGGAGAGUUCCGGUUACUUGGUCCAUGGCUUGA